AUGAUGGGUUCACGCAACCCACCCGAGAAGCGCUUUCAGCCGCCUCGCAGCAUCUCCGUGGACGAGCAGGCAGCCGAGACUGACCCCAUCCCACACCGCGCGGACUCCUGUGGCAGCGUGCGGAGCGCCCGGCCGCCGGACACGCGCGGCAAGCUCAAGUGGCAGCUGAGCAGGCAGGAGUCCAUCCUCUGGUCAUCUCUGUUUCUGGACUCGGCUUCAAAUGACAAAUCACCGCAGUCUCUGAGCCAUCAACCAGUCAAGAUGAAUAUCGACAUUGAAUCCAGGCUGCAGCGAAUCAAGCAACAGGGACAAAACCGACACACCCUGUCCCACGUGGAGGACAAGCUGUGCGAGAUGUUCCGCGCCGCGGAUGGCACUGGCAGGGUCAACAUUACUAAAUUUUUGGAGGCUUUGGCCACGGUGGGCCUGCGCCAGACAGACCCGCGCCUCGCCCACAUCAAACGCUCCAUCCUCGCCAUCCAGGCCAGCUGUGCGCGCGACACGCGCUUCUGGUCACACGACGGACUCUGCUUUGACGAGGACGUCUUCAAAGGGAUCAUCAUGGACAACAUCGCUAUUAUCAACAAAGCACUGACAGGUGAACUGGUGAUUCCGCAAUUCCAGGCCUUCUGCGGCCACAUUGAUGAAUUCUACCAGAUUUGCAAGAAAGACGACAGCGGAACGCUGGCGCGAGUGGACAGCUCGCUGUGGGGCGUCUCGCUCUGCACCAUCGACGGACAGCGAUACUCGGUGGGGGAUGUGAACGUGCCCUUCACCAUCCAGUCUGUCAGCAAGCCGAUCGGAUAUGCCAUCGCGUGCGCCGACAACGGGUCCGACUUUGUGCACAAGCACGUUGGAUUGGAGCCCAGUGGCAGGAGUUUCAAUGAACUCUUCCUGGACAACAACUACAAGCCGCACAAUCCGAUGAUCAACUCCGGGGCUAUCAUGGUGUCCACCCUGAUCAAGCCGGAGAUGGACAUCGCCGACCGGUUCGACUACGCCUUCCAAACGUGCAAGAAAAUGGUGGGCGGCGAAUACCUGGGCUUUAACAACGCCGUGUUCCUGUCGGAGCGACAGACGUCUGACAGGAACUUCGCUCUUGCCUACUUCAUGCGGGAGAACAAGUGCUUCCCCAGAAACAUCGACCUAGUCAGUGCACUAGAUUUCUACUUUCAGGAGCUUAUCAAAACGUUCAACUUCCAUCACUUCGACAACGUGUCAGCCAGCACGCAGAAGAUCGACCCGCGCCGCACCUGCGCGGAGAAGCGGGCUGACGUUCUGUACCGGGUGCUGUUCGCCGCGGCCGCCGGCGACCUCACCGCCAUACGCCGCUACUGUCUGAUGGACGUGAGUCUGAACGCCGGGGACUACGACGGCCGGACGGCGCUGCACCUAGCCGCCGCUGAGGGGCACGUGCACGUCGUCGCCUUCCUGCUGGAAAAAUGCGGCGUCAAGGUCAACCCUAAGGAUCGCUGGGGCAACGUGCCAUUGGACGACGCCAAGAUGGGAGGCCACCUCGAGAUCAUUAACUUACUGCGAAGGAAGUAUAAAGAGACCCACGGUAUCUCUUUCGAUGAGAGCGUUCCAAGACCGGAACAUGCCUCUGCGGUGCCAGCGAACACCAGGUGUCCGGCGCGGACCUCGCCCGACAUCAACAUCUCCCCCACCAGCAACCUCGCGCUGUCCGAAAACACUACCACCGAGGCGAAGCUGAACAAUCUGACCCAGCCGAAGCCGGAGCCGGAGCUGGAGCCGGGGACAGAACCGGAACCGCUGUCGGAGCCCACACCGGGAGAAGCGCAGGGGCCGGCGUCGGAGCCAGAGAGAGGCGCGCUACGAAGUCCUGAAACAAAGUCGGAACCAAAGGUGGAGCCAGAGCAAAAGCCAGAGCCGGAGACAGAGCCGGAGACAGAGCCGGGAGAACAGGCGCCGAUCAGAGCGCCCCCGCUGUCGUCCAAUGUUCGCACCGUCAGGUUUAGUGACCGCCGUCUGUAGGUCACUGCGCCGGCAUCGUCAGCAGCACCUGGAGCGGUGCCGGUAGUGCGGCGGUGCCCAUCAGUCGCAGUAACAUGCGGAGAGGCGGCAGCUUCCGGCGUGGCAGUGCCUGUGGUGUCGGUGACUUCCGAUGUAGUGGCGCCAGGCCAAUUGAUGUCCUGAACGGUCCUGGGCGGACGUCCUGAGUUAAGUCCUGGGCGGUGGUGAACGAUCGUCCUGAGCCCUGUUCUCAGCGAGCGCCCUGUGCCAGGUCCUGGGCGGUGGUGAACGAUCGUCCUGAGCCCUGUUCUCAGCGAGCGCCCUGUGCCAGGUCCUGGGCGGUGGUGAACGAUCGUCCUGAGCCCUGUUCUCAGCGAGCGCCCUGUGCCAGGUCCUGGGCGGUGGUGAACGAUCGUCCUGAGCCCUGUUCUCAGCGAGCGCCCUGUGCCAGGUCCUGGGCGAAUAUCCUGAGCAUUCCCGAAGUCCCGAAGAGUCUUCUCGAAACCGAAGCGCCAGGUGUCCACUCCGGAUCCUGUUUCAGCUGGCAGCGGAUGUCGGUUGGGCCAGUGGCAGCAGAAAAUGAGGUACCUGGCCGCAUCAUGACCAUGAGACGGGCAUGAUGUGCAAUACAAAGAAAUCAGAUUUUAAAAAAGUGUGGCGUGUCGUGGUAUGAACAUCGAUGUCUGUAACGCAACCUAAUCAUAAGCAAAGGAAUUAC